GCAGGGAAGCUGGGAAGCUGGUCGCGGAGCCGGAAGCGAGGUAGCCCUCGGCUUCGAGACAGCGGCGGCGGCGUUUGGAGCAGGGCGGCCCGGUGCCAUUGGAGCCGGCCAGCUUCCCCACUCAGGCUCCAACCCGAGUUGGGGAAGACCUCCAGCAUUCUGGUGGCCUAGGGAAGGGCGCUGAGUCAGAUCGCGAAAGAUCCGAAGCAGAUCGAAAUAGCGGGGCCGCUGAGGGCCGCCGGCAGCCCCGGCCUUAGGAGGAGUCCCGCAGCGUCGCCGCGGAGGAGAGAACCCAAAGGGACUGCCCCUGGGGCUGAGCCCGCCGGCCAUGGCCACGCCCCCGGGGGCCGGUCCCGCAGCUCUGCGCUUGGCAGCCGCGGCCACCUGGCAGGUGGUUCGCCGACGCUGCGUGGAGCAGUUUCCGCAAGUGUUGGAGUUUCUGCGAGCCCUGCGCGCUGCUGCCCCUGGCUUGGUUCGCUAUCGGCACCAUGAACGCCUGUGUAUGGGCCUAAAGGCUAAGGUGGUGGUGGAGCUGAUCCUGCAGGGCCGGCCUUGGGCCCAGGUUCUGAAUGCCCUGUAUCACCACUUCCCAGAGCCUGGACCUGUACUGCGGGACCCCAAAACUACAAAGCAAGAUCUGAAGAAGAUCUCAGAGGCAGAGGAAACCUUUCGCCAGCAGGUGAAGCAGCUGGCAGAGGCUCCUGUGGACCUGGCUUCGAAGCUGCAGGAGCUUGAGCAAGAGUAUGGGGAACCGUUUCUGGCUGCCAUGGAAAAGCUAUUUUUUGAGUACUUGUGUCAGAUGGAAAAAGCACUUCCCCCCCUGGAGGCACAACAGCUUCAGGAUGUGCUGAGUUGGAUGCAGCCUGGAGUUUCUAUCACUUCUUCUUUUGCUUUGAGCCAAUAUGGUGUGGACAUGGGAUGGCCACUUUCAGAGUGCUCUGAUGCUGAUUCAGUGAACGUGACAGAGCCCAUGGAGCAGAGUCCUCCUCAGCAACCAAGACUAGCACUCCAUGAUGCUCUGCCAGAAGCCAGGCCUGGCCCAUACCUUCCUCAGGGACCAGCAUCAAGGAAGCACCCAGAACCUUUGGCUGGCCACCACUUCAAUCUGGCCCCUCUAGGCCGACGACGAAUCCAGUCCCAAUGGGCAUCCACUAGGGGAGGCCAUAAGGAACGCCCCACAGUCAUGCUGUUCCCCUUUAGGAAUCUGGGUUCACCAACCCAGGUCAUAUCUAAGCCUGAGGACCAGAAAAAAUAUGGGACACACAUGGCAGAUCCAGCAGGUGCUGUGGGCACAAGAGCAGCCUCUACGGGAAAGCCUAAGAGUGCAUCCCAGACCCUGGGGGGAAGGGCUCUGAAGGAGAACUCAGUUGACUUGUCUGCCUCGGAGCAAAAGGAGAAUUGCUUGGAUUGCCCCAUGGACCCCCUGAGAUUGUCAUUAUCACCUCCUAGGGCCAGGAAGCCAGCCUGAUCCUAGACCAUCAGAGGUGACUCAUCCUCUUCUACAGGAUCCUCCUUCCGUGCCCUCCCAACGUCCUUACCGAAAGCCUUGGCCACAUCCCCAGGACAGGUACAGCCUCCAUCCUGCAAAGGAAGGAACACUAUGAAAGAGAGAGCAUGGAUUUCCCAAUCCCUCUCAGCAAUGUCCCAAUGGUCCACCUCAAAGCUGACAGGAGCCCCGAGUCCUGAUCCACCUCUACCAGAGCCUCCAGACCUGGCAGAAAACCCAGAGGUUUGGCAGCCUCUCAUCCGACCCUGCCCUUGGCCUUACUGAAAUGAUGUGGCCUUUGAGGCCGUGAGCAGCAUCUGCACACUCCAUCACCGCACUGAGCUGUGGGUACCCCACUCCAGUUUUCUUCCGAGUGGUACACACAGAGCCUGAGAAGAACGUGACAAGGAUGAGAGGGAAGUGCUCCACAGGUGUUUGCCACCAAAGGGGUAGCCAGGGGCCCCCAGUGAACCAGCUUACCUGGUCCGAUUCCCACUUUAAUGAUGUCGGCCCCAGUGAGGAUCAGCUCUUCCACCAUCUCGCCUGUUACCACAUUCCCUGCCUGAGAGAACAGUCAAAACAGAGCAUUCUUAGGGUCACAAAUAGAGAGGGGGUUGCGUGCUCUCAUAGAUAGUAUGCCUGGACCAUGACCUUCCAACGUCAUUACAAAAAAGGGUGCCUGGGCUCCCUCUACUGCAUCCUCUAAGGGCUUUUAGACUAGUUACUUCAAAGGAUCCUGCUUCCCAAGCUAAGGUAAGGGGCUGAGUGGCCAGUGUCACUGUUGCACCAGGGUAAACCUGGGGUCUGACUGGACCAAGCUCAAAUCUGAUUUACAGCAGAUUUAUCUCCCUCUUCCUGCCAAGAGACCCAAACACAGCCUGUCCUUAAGCUGUUAUGUCAUAAAACCUCUGUGGCUUCAGGGAAGGGAGGAAGACAUGGUAAUGUAGGCUAAUUACCCAUCUGCACAGCUGUAUUUGCUUUUGAUGGACAGAACAAAGAGACUCCCUCAAUGCUGUGAAGAAAAUGAGGCCUUGUCAUCACUCCUUUAAGCUUGUACAAAAAUAAAACAUCAUUUCAUGUGACCCCUUUAAUACGAUUGUAGUACCAUGUCCAUUUCAGUGGGCAGGUAUAUAUGGACCACAGGUAUGAACAACACAGAUGUUCCAUCACGGUUUGGUGAGUGAUGUCAGGGGCACUGGAUUUACAAAGACUCUCUAUCAACGGUGAGAUAACUGCAUUGACCGAUAAAUAAACAUUUUAAGCGUGGAACCAUGGAUAAUCACCGGUAACACAAUUAAGUGGACUAGUAAAAUCAUAAUGCAGCAGAGAAAUGAACUGAUGUAACAAAAUGGCGUGGCAGGGAAGAGUGGAAGGAGAGCAAAGUACCAACUACAGGGGGAAAGAAACAUACCAUGAUGGUGUGUUCAGGGAAGCGCUUCCGCACAUUCUUUACAAAUUCAACAAAGUGUUCAGAGUAGCCAUUUGCCACGU